AUGCUAAUCUUUUUUAGGCCCUGCAGUCGUUCCAGUACAACGCCGCUGAGCUGGUUUGUGGUGGCUGCUCAGCACCAGCAGGUACGGAGGUUUGUGGUCGUCACGGUGCCGAAUAUCUCGAAUACAAGUGCCGGUACUGCUGUUCGAUUGCCGUCUAUUUUUGCUUCGGUACAACGCACUUCUGCGCGGCCUGUCAUGACGAUUUCCAGCGUCUCGUCUGUCUACCUCGGAAUCAAUUCCCUCCAUGUCCCACCGGUCCAGAAGCGACUCCGGGUGAAGGGACCUUGUCCCCUGCGGCGACCACAUCCGCCGGCUGGCGAAGAGUUCGCUCUGGGUUGUGGUAUUUGCAGAAACAUCAGCACUUUUUAG